AUGACAGAGGAGUUUUUGAAGAAGCACUGCAAAAUGAAUAAACUGUACCAAACCCCUCAUCUGAAUGACGUACUCUAUCUUCAUUACAAAGGUUUCUCAUUCAUCGAGAAUCUGGAGAAAUACACAGGCCUAAAAUGUCUAUGGCUGGAGAACAACGGUAUCCGUGAGAUCGCGAACCUGGAGAAUCAGAGCGAGUUGAAGUGUCUUUAUCUCCAUAACAAUUUGAUCAAUAAAAUCGAGAAUCUGGAAUGGUUGACGAAGCUAGACACUUUGAACCUUUCGUACAACACUAUACGAAGGAUCGAGAAUCUCGAUAGCCUCAAGUUCCUGAAUACUCUAAACCUGUCGCACAACUACUUACAAGAUACCAAUGACAUUGAGCACCUCCGAUUGCUGGAUAGCCUCUCGGUACUGGAUAUUUCUCACAACAGGAUAGAUACCGACGAAGUCGUUAAUAUCCUAGGAGAUAUGAAAGAAUUGCGCGUGGUAUCUUUGAUGGGCAACCCAAUUCUAAAGAAGAUCAAACUGUAUCGCAAGACCAUGAUCUUGAAGUGUAAAAAUCUCAAGUAUCUAGAUGACAGACCUGUAUUCCCAAGAGAUCGUGCCUGUGCAGAAGCUUGGAUGCGAGGAGGACCCGAAGAAGAAGCAGCUGAGAGGAAACGCUGGAUCGAGGCGGAGCAGAAGAAAAUCAAUGAUAGCGUGCAAGCCCUGAUAAACAAAAGGAAGCUGUACAAACCGGUCGGGACGUCCGAAAAGGAGGCGGAGGAUAAGAAGAAGACGAAGGAGGACGAAGAAGUAGCCACGACCACGCUUGUCUGCACGAGCGACGAACUGCUCAACUUGGAGAAGAAGAAAAAGUUGGAUGGUACCUCAUCCUCCAACAGCUCGUCCGCGUCCUCGUCAUCGGAUGAAGAGGUGGAGAACGCCGAGGUGGAGGAUGAUGGAACUGCGCAAAAAGGAAUCGAGAAAAGUGACGGAAGGAGGCCAAUGGCGGAGGAAGGAAGAACAGCCUCCAGCGAUCUUGGCAAGGAAAUUUUGUUACCCUGGAAAACACAGGUCACGACACGUAAGGAGCCGAAACAGUUAGUAGAAGAGAUUGAAGAAACGAAAGAAUACGUGGCAGGAGACGCAGAACGGAAAAGGUUCGGGACGAAAAUUUUGGACGAUCAACGAUGUAGCGACGAUCUACCAGGUGGUUAUUCUGUUGGAAGAGAACUGGCCCAUUACGAGAAACUUGUCCUGGAGACGACCAACGAGACCGAAAUUACUCCACCGUGCUGUAAGCAGGGGAAGAACGACGAUAGUAAAUUACACACCAAUUCCGAAUACGAUUACCGCGACAAGAAACACUUGGUUGAAAGUCACAAAACGUUUCGAGGAUGUUCUCCUUGCUUGAGCCCUUUCGAUAGUAUCAGUGAAAUUUUACGAGUCACAAAUCGUCAUAAAUUCUUACAAAUCAUGCUUGACAUGUUCGAAAUUGCUGAAGAAAAAUCAUUUAAGGAUUCGUCGGUUUGUUGUAAUAUUUUGGACUGGUCGAAUGGCAGAAACAAGAAAGAAGAGAAUAUCGUAAAUAACAUGAAGGAUAAACCUCUGUGUAAAGAUAUCCUGGAUAAUUAUCGUAGGAAAGACGAACCACAUCCUUUAACUAGUCAACUGAGUAGCAUCAGAGAAGACAUGAAGGAGUUCUGCGCUGAUGUGGAUAAAUUUAUUGAAGACAAUAAGAUCGUUUUCAAAAAUGGUGAAGUGAAAAGACUGUGGGGUGAGAAAGAGGAAAUUGACGCUGGAAUCAAAUCUGAUAAAGAUAAUGAAGAGAAAGGAAAGGAUUCGUCGAAUAAAGAAAAAGAUUUUAAAUGGUGGAACACGAAGGAGAGAAAGUUAAAAGUUAAGGAGAUUUUGAAGAGUAGAGAAGAAGAAAGUAAAAGAUCGAAGAACGUUAAGAAGAUCGAAAUUAUCGAGGACGUGGCAGAAAAAAUCUCUGAAGCUUCGAAUAAAGAAGAAACUAAAGAAAAUAAGGAAGUUUCAUCUUCGCAAAGUGUUUACGAUUUAUUAAAUCUAAAAACGUGUCCCACGAUUCUAUUGAGCAAUGUAAAAUCUUAUCCUAGAAAUGAAGAUGCUUCUAUGUUAUGCGAAUCUGCCAAGAAAGAAGGUAACGAAGAACGUUCCUCGGGUUUAUUCAAUUCUCUGUUCAACGAGCUGGAGUAUAGAGAUUCGAGCAAUAAGCGUGAAAAAAUGCCCAAGUCCAUUGGUUCUCACGAAUUGCUGACUUUAGAAGAAGCAGAGGAAGCUGUCGAAGAAACAGUACAGUCACCCAGUUGUACUGAUAUAAUUCUUUCAGAUCAAGAGAAUUUUCAGAACAAAUCUGUUCGUAUAGAAAUCACGGGAGCAGAUCCUGUGAGUGCGACAUUGCUCGAUGACGACGAAGAAUCAGAGAGUGAAUCUGUGAAGACUUUAAUUAACAAUUAUGAAGAAAUUAAUGAGAAAGGAGAUACAAGAACAAAUGUCGUAAAAGAAAAUAAUUCUGAAUGUGUUUCUGAUAGUUCAAGCGUUACUGGAGUGCAAAACAAAAUGCAACAGCUAGAUACCACGUUCGACGGUACUAUAAUAUCUUCGAGCGUUGAAAAGUCUAGUCAAUCUUCCAAAUCGCAUAAAAGAUCGCGAGAUUGCGAAUAUCUGGAUGUAGUUAGCAAAAAAUCCCAUCUAAUCGAAGAAGUGGAUAUUGAAAAAGACAGGGGCGAUGGAAGAACGACUGGUGAAGUGUUUGAAAAGUGUAGACGGCAUUUCAUGAAAGAGGCAAAGAAGUUCGUACAAAAGGAAUCGCCUCUGAUCAACCAGUGCAUAGAAAGCUUGAUAACAAAUAGAAAUUCAGAGGGAAAUUGGAAGAUACAGAGUAGUCAAGAGGAUUUCUUAAGUUUUACAACUGCGAACUUAAACCCUGAUUUUCGUUGUGGGAAAAGUUCGGUUAAUUCGGAGGAGAAAAUGAUUUCUUCGCGUGAACAAUCUCACGUGAAGCCGAAAAGCAUUUCGAGCGUUCAAAAUUUCGAAGAUGAUCGAGCAAGUAAGAAAAAAUCGGAUUCGUGUAUUGAUCGACGAUCAGAAAUGGCAUCGAUUACCCAGCUUCUAAACCAAUCUCAUAGCUCCGAGAAGCAUUCGUCAAAUAUAUGUACUGGUCUCUACCAAGAAUUUUGCAAUCAUUUGGAUCAGAUGAACAGUAAAAGGAAGCUUCUAAUCGAGCCAGAUUUUGUAAAAAAUAGCAAGGUAAUUGGCAACGAACAGACAGACGACCUUCUAUCGUCAAGGGAGACCAAACAGUCGAAAGAAGAACAAACAAAACCAUUGAUCGAGGAGAUUUCAGGAAAUUCAACAAACGUAAACGAAUUAGAAAAACUUGAAGAACUAUCUGUUCAUCUCGAAGAUCUUGGAAUGGACGCAGCGUUUAAGGAUAAGAUAUUAAAGAGCAUAAGUGCUCCAAAAACAGAGGAGCAGAGAAAAAGAGCAAAAAUGUCGGCCGAGAAGUUGAUGAAGACUUCCAGAGAAGCAAUGGCGAAAGGAAAAUCUUUGCUAGAACAGUCUUCCUCUGUCAGUAAUCAGAAAACGGAUCUUGAUCAUAGUAGGAAAUUUUUCAUGAACCUGUUAGCAGAGGUUUUGGAGGAAAAUAAGCAUAAGGACGUUGAUCCCACGAAGAGUAUCGAUGAAAAAUCUGAAUCAGGUUCAAUCACCGAAACAGUUUCAGAUAUUUCGAAAAACACUGCCGUAAAAAUAGAAGAAGCUGCAGGAUUAUCGUCGGUUGAUAAUAACAGGAGUCAGAGCAGUGAAAUUCUUGAUACAGGGAGAGGAAACGUCGGUAGAGCGAGGAAAAGUUUGGAAAUGCAGAUGGUUCAGGAAAACUGAAGGAAGAUCGAAACUGAAACAUACAAAGCUUCGAGAAAAUGUUAAUAUUUAGAAAAAAGAAAAUCUAAAAAUAAUUGACUUUUCAUAUACCAUGAAAGAAGAAAAAAAAUCGUAGACUCUGUAAGUUAAGUUGUACGACUGUAUUUCUGUUACUUUGUAUUCAAGUAAACGAAUUAUUACGUUCCAACUGUUCGAGCAUCGAAAAAAAGCCACGAGUCAAAAAAUCAGAUUUCGAUCCAUCUCUAAAAAGAAAAAAGGAAAUAUGGUAAACGUUUCACGAGAAGAAUAAU